AUGGAGGACCCGGCAACCCGAAUCCCGCAGCAACUGCUGCCACAUAUGCACCUUGUCUCGCGGAAUCGCUACCCCAACAUGCACAUGAUGCCCCCGGAGACCGCCGUCGAGUACCUGGCUACAGCACCUCGUGUCUGCCAGUCACAACCCAUGCAUUGGACUUUCUUGGAUGGCCCCGCUGAUGGCACGGUUAUGCUUACAUGGCAGCCCCAGCAACAUCUGGGCAAUAACUUUGCCAGUGAUGGUUAUGUCUGGGCCGAUGCCGAGCAGGGGCAUGUCCUUGAAGUCCGAGGUUACACUGUUGAAGUGUUCAUCCACCGCAGUGGUUACCACCCUCCGAACGAGAACAUCGCCAGCCACACCCGCAAGCGUUAUCGCAUCGUGAGCACCAAAGUCCCGGGUGCUGCUCCUCCCGACCCCUCUCUGUGGAUUGUUCACUACUCGCGCGCUCCUCAGAAUGACCACCUUCCGGCCAACCGCGUGCCCCACAGCCCACAAGUACAAAAUAUCAUGAACCAACGACGAUUCCUUCAAAGCCAGGGCCAGCUUGCCCGCAAGGAAUUCCUGCUGCACGACCGAAACAACUGGCCCACUAUCAACUUCCCUUCGCAAAUGGGCCAGCAAGGCUUCACCCAACCCCAACCUGGUUAUCAGAACGCCCAACAAGCACGACCGGGCUACUAUCCACCCCAAGCCCACGGCCACCCCGCGACCGCGGCUCAGGUUGCUGCUCCGCAAGCCAAGGUUGCUCGUCCUCACCGCGCCUCAUCGGCGGCCAUGGCAACUGCUGCGGGCGAAUUCGCGAUGGAGGAUGAAGAUGUCUCUAACGGCGACAUGUUUGACUCUUUGACAGCCCGCGAGGUUAGUAAGAUGCGAUACAUUCAGCACCAUGAGUGGAUGGAGGAGAUCUUCGCGUCACCUUAUUCCAUCUCACAGAUCACACCGGUGUCUUUGGGGCUAGGAAGGAAAGGGGAGCUUCAGUCGUUGACAGAGGGUUUCUUCGAUGCCCCUGUUGGAAGUGGCGAAGGCGCAGAUGACGAUGUCCCCGAUGCCACAAAACUUGAGCCGGCCAAGGCCGAGGAAUUCGCAGACCGGGUCACCAAGAAGGUGACCGAGAUGACCACCGAGAUCGAGAAACUCAAGAAACAACACGCGCAACGCAUGGAGCGAUUCAACCGCAGCUCGCUUUUCAAAGAUGCUGAGCUACGUCUCCGUGAAGCUGCUGCCGACCCAACAGAGUCCGGCCCCGAGGUUUGGCGCCUUGAAGGCCGAAUCAUCAUCCCAUCGGAAGAAGAAGCCAACCCGCAAGACUACGUGGAGGAGAAAGCCAAGUACAAGGUUGACGACGUGGUGCGCGAGGUGGAGACCAACUGGAAGAAGCAGAUCACGCCCGAGCCCAAGGUGUCGUGCGUCGAGAAGGGAGGUCUAUUGGAGAAGAUCGAGCCAGAGCACAAGGAGGAGCCCGAAUCCUUCACCAACGACAUGGUGAUGGACCACGGCGACUCCCACCUCCUGAACCAAUUUGGCGCCGACGGCACCUCGGAGCAGUCCCUGCACGGCGGCGGGAUCUCCACAGACGUUGACAUGGACCUCGGCGACCAACUUGGCGGCGGCCCUGGCGAAAACAACGAAUGGGUAAUGGUGAACAAUGAGAACAAGGUAACCGGCGGCGACGCAAGCCUCGAGAGCGGAUUCGACUUCACCAACAUCGACAGCGCGGGGGAUGCAUUGGCCGCGUACACGGAGCAAAAUGACGGACUGGAUCUGCCGGAUCUGGACAAUUCAGCAUUCGGCGAUGCGUUCCAUGCCUCGGACAAUGAGCACGGACACAACCCCGAUGCGGAUGAAAUGUCGUAG